AUGGGCUCCAACCAGUCGAAGCUGCAGGAGGCACCGGGUUCGAGCGAAAAGAACACCGCUGCUGUGAGUAUGUCCGGCAUACUGCAGCUGAGUGACGAUGAAUAUGUCCACGUCGAAACCGGAGCCCCGCCGCCGUACUCCUCCACUCGGGAGAGAUCAGUCGGUCUCUCGGCCCAGCAAGCAAGGACAUGGGAGAAAGAGCUUCUUGCCGACCCCAAGAAUCGACUUGCGAUGUCGGCUCUGUCCGCUAACCCGGUCUCGUCCAUCCUGAGCAGCCGUUCGGCGGCAAUCACCGAUACCCAAACUUUCAAUAUCAGGAUUCCGUUCGAGGGAACCCCGAUCACGAACCAGGCGUCUUCGGGCAGAUGUUGGAUUUUCGCUGCCACCAACGUUUUUCGAGUUGCGCUCAUGAAGAAGUAUAAUCUGGAACAGUUUGAACUGAGCCAAUCGUACCUAUUCUACUGGGAUAAACUAGAAAAGGCCAACUGGUUCAUGGAGCAAGUGAUCGAUACCGCUUCCCAGUCCCUGGACAGUAGGCUGGUACAGCGGCUACUCGAGAGACCCGUGGAAGACGGUGGUCAGUGGGACAUGGCCGCAAACCUCGUUCGGAAAUAUGGACUGGUACCACAAGCGCUCUACCCAGACUCCUUUAGCGCUACACACAGCAGCGAGCUAGGGAGUAUUUUAACGACGAAAUUACGCGAGCAUGCCCUGAUCAUCCGUCGGAUGGCUCGUAGCAAAGAUCCGGCUGUUUUUGCAUCUAUUGCAGACACUAAGGAUGGGUUCUUGAAGGAGAUUCACUCGAUCCUCACUAUUAUGCUUGGGCCUCCACCGUCCGCCGCAGAGAGAUUCGUUUGGGAAUAUCAUGACGCAAAGGGGAAAUUUAACAAAACUUCCAUGACCCCAGUUCAAUUUGCAGCCGGCCUUUCAAGCCGGGACGCUGUUCGUGCCAACCAGGGAACGGAUGUGAACGAGCUCUUCAGUCUGGUAAACGACCCCAGGAAUUCAUAUGAACGCCUUUUGACGGUGGACCGAUUGGGGAACGUCAUUGGGGGGCGACCUAUAACAUAUGUAAACGUAUGCAUGGAUGACCUUAAACGGGCCGCGGUCGCCAUGCUUCACGCUGGCCACCCUGUAUUCUUUAGCUGUGAUGUGGGCAAGUUCUCUGACCGCAAGCGUGGCAUCAUGGACACAGCCCUUUACGACUACUCUCUCAGCUUCAACAUCCAAUUCGGGAUGUCCAAGGCAGGUCGUCUAAAAACUGGCGAGACCGCGAUGACGCAUGCCAUGGUUCUGACAGGAGUGCAUGUCGAAAAUGGGAAACCUGUGCGCUGGCGAGUCCAGAACUCGUGGGGCCCCGAUGUUGGAGACCAUGGAUGGUUCGUCAUGACGGACCAGUGGAUGGACGAGUUCCUUUUCCAGGUGGUGGUCGACCAGCGAUACGUAGCCCAGAAUAUAAGGGAUGUCCUGACGCAGAAGCCCAUCGUGCUGCCGCGUUGGGAUCCGAUGGGGACCCUUGCGUGA